GGGGCUGUGCAUGCCUCCAAAAUCGUGAUAAGGAAUCAAUCAUUUUUGAUACAUAAACCACGAUAUAGCAAGAGGAAGAGGAGGGAAGUGGGUCCCUCACAAACCGUUACAUCAUGCUGCAAUUUUCCUUUCCUCCAUUUCAAACAUUUUUCUCUCCGACGGCCCCAGACACAUAAAUUCUUAACAUCAGAUCCUAUGUGGGUAGCAUCAUUUCCUUUCUCAUUUCCCACAUCAACAUAAACAUUCUUCCAUGUUUUAAGGGAUUCCCCACCCUCCUCUCACAUACAUUGGCCCAGAUUGAUCACAUGCAGGCUGGUGCUUGAAUUUGAGGGGUGCCCCUUUGAGAUUUUAGCCUUUCUUUCCCUUGUUCAUGUUAAAAAUUGGAUUUUUAUGAUUGGGUGGAAGGGAAAGAAGGCACAAUUCUAAACCAAAAUUGUUGAACUUUUUCAAUGCGCUUCAUCUAAUUAAUUGAUUGGUAUUGGAAUUGUAAAAAUGCCUGCGGUGUCUGCUGUUAUUUCCCGCCAAGUUGUGCCUGCUUGUGGCAAUCUUUGUUUCUUAUGCCCUUCCAUCAGGACAAGGUCAAGACAACCUGUCAAGAGGUAUAAGAAGCUCAUCUCUGACAAUUUCCCACGUAACCAGGAGGAAGGGCCGAAUGAUAGGAAAAUAGGAAAAUUAUGUGAUUAUGCUGCCAGAAAUCCUUUACGUAUCCCAAGGAUUGUGCAAGCCCUUGAGCAAAGGUGUUACAAGGAGCUACGAAAUGAGAAUUUCCAUUCAACCAAAAUCGUCAUGUGCAUUUACAAGAAACUUCUGUCUUCUUGUAAUGAACAAAUGCCACUAUUUGCGAGUAGCUUGCUAAGUAUUAUUCACACGCUGCUGGAUCAAUCACGGCAGGAUGAAAUGAGAAUUAUAGGAUGUCAAAUUCUGUUUGAUUUUGUAAAUAAUCAGACUGAUGGAAGUUACCUGUUCAACUUAGAAUCUGUUAUCCCGAAGAUCUGUCAAUUAGCUCAAGAAACUGGAGAUGAUGAAAGGGCAAGAACUAGCCGUUCAACUGGUUUGAAAGCCCUUUCAGCAAUGGUUCUGUUUAUGGGCGAACACUCUCACAUAUCAGUUGAAUUUGAUAAUAUUGUUUCUGCUGUCUUGGAAAACUAUGAAGUUCCUAAGAAAAAUUCAGCAAACCCUGAUCAAGAGGAAAAAGGUGCUGAGAAUAUGUGGGACCAAGACUUGAUGGCCAAUGGGGGUCAAAUCUCUCCUUUGCUGGAUGUUAAAAGGAGAAACCCUUCCUGGAAGAGAACUGUUAAUGAUAAAGGCGAAAUAAUUGUAGCAAUGGAAGAUGACAUGAAUCCCUCUUUUUGGUCUGGGGUUUGCCUUCAUAAUAUGGCCAACUUAGCCAAGGAGGGGACUACCAUACGUCGUGUAAUGGAAUCUUUAUUCCGGUAUUUUGAUAAUGGAAACUUAUGGUCUAUAGACCAUGGCCUCGCCUUUUCCGUUUUAAAGGAUAUGCUAUUUUUGAUGGAUGAUUCUGAGAAAAACACACAUGUUUUGCUGUCAAUGUUAAUCAAGCAUCUGGAUCAUAAAAUUGUCCUUAAAGAACCUCACAUGCAGCUUGACAUUGUUGAGGUUACCACUUCACUUAUCCAAUAUGCAAAGGUCCAACCUUCUAUAUCAAUAGUUGGUGCAGUAAGUGACAUGAUGAGACAUUUGCGGAAGUGCAUACUUUGUUCCCUAGAUGACUCAAAUCUGGCCCCUGAUGUAAUCAAUUGGAACAAGAAUUACAAAAAAGUUGUGGAUAAGUGCCUUGUACAGUUAUCAAAUAAGGUUGGAGAAGCCGGUCCAAUUCUUGAUGUUAUGGCCGUGAUGUUGGAGAACAUCUCAACUAUCACAUCAACAUCUAGAACCACAGUCUAUGCUGUCCAUCGGAGUGCUCAAAUUGUAGCCUCCUUAACAAAUGUGUCCUAUCAGAAAAAGGCAUUCCCUGAGACCUUGUUUCAUCAACUUCUCCUGGCUAUGGUCCAUCCAGAUCAUGAAACACGAGUGGUAGCUCACCGCAUCUUUUCUGUCAUUCUUCUACCAUCCUCUGUUUUCCAUGGUUCAAGAUUGUCUGUUUCUGAUCCCAAGGCAUCGAGUGUUCCUCGAACUCUCUCAAGAGCAGUCUCUAUUUUCUCUUCUUCAGCUGUCUUAUUUGAGAAGCUAAGACUGGAGAAACGUUCUUCAAGUGAAAGAUAUAGUCAAUAUAACGGGGGAAAUAUUUCUGGAGAGAUUGAACCAGUUAAUAGCAAUGUUGGGAUCGUAAGCAAAUUAAAGCCAACUUAUAGUCGGGUGUCUAGCGUGAAUAACCCUCCUCUACAAUUAGAAGUGAAGGAAAUUGCUGCAAACAAAGUUAAUCAGAACUCGGGGGUUGCUCUCAGGCUAAGUAAGCUUCAGAUAAAUCGAUUGUUAUCGUCAAUUUGGGCACAGUCUAUGUCUCCAGGAAAUAUGCCUGCAAAUUAUGAAGCAAUUGCUUAUUCAUACACUUUGAUAUUACUUGUUUCUAGAGCAAAGAAUUCUUUUCAUGAGGUACUAGUUCGGAGUUUUCAGCUGGCUUUUUCUUUAUGGAAUAUUUCUCUUAAGGAAGGGCCAUUGCCUCCAUCUCGUCGGAGAUCACUCUUUACUCUGGCAACUUCAAUGAUUUUGUUUGCUUCAAAAGAAUACAACUUUGACAGUCUUGUCCAGAGUGCCAAGGAAGUGCUUACAGAGAGAAAGGUUGAUCCCUACCUUCAGUUAAUUGAAGAUUACAAGUUGCAAGCUGUCAGCUUUGCACCUGAUAAUCUAACCAUCAACUAUGGUUCCAAAGAAGAUGAUGAGAGGGCCUUAGACACUCUUACAGACUUGUUGAGUUAUAUACACAAAACACGGGAACUAUUUGCUUCUGAAAUCAUUAAGAGCUUGGAAAUGUUUGCAAAAGCUGAAUUAUCAUCAAUAAGGGAACAGUUGCUAGAAGAAUUUGCACCAGAUGCUAUGUGUGAACUUGGAUCUCAAUUGACUGUGAACAUGGCCGCAAAGGAUGCUUCAAUAAGUAUUGAUGAUGACUUUAUUUUUGAACCAUUUGAAAGUCAAGUAAUACAUAAUCGGGGUUUGUCCACAGAGGUCCCAAGCCUUCUGGGUGCUAAUCAACUUUUAGAAUUAAUUUUGGAUACAUCUCAUCCAUCUGGGAGGAUUUCUGUAUCAAAUGCAUUUAAUAUGCCAUACAAGGAUAUGGCCGACAAGUGUGAGGUUCUUUUGAUGGAAAAGCAGAAGAUGUCCAGAUUGAUGAGUACCCAACAGAAGCACGAAUAUUUAGUGGACUCCCCUUUACCUAAUCAUGGCAAUGAAUUGAAAAAAAUAGAUUCCACUUCCCAUGUGGAUUUUCCCAAGAUGCAGGUGGGAAACUCACCCUUUGAAGAGAAUACUUCUGUGGGUUUCUACAAACCAACUUCUGGCCCUCUUCCAAUGCUGUGUGCAACUGAAUAUCAGAAUCAGACUCACCCUUUCAAACUGCCAGCAUCUAGCCCCUACGAUAACUUUCUGAAAGCUGCUGGUUGCUGAUCCCGUAGUUAUGCUGGAAUUACACACUCUAUAAGGUAGUUAAAAAAUCACGAUGAAGUGAGUAGAGGAUCGCAAGUUGAACUGGGGAAGGCUUCUAACAUAUUUGGAUAAAAGUCUAAAAAGACUUUUAAGAGCUUUUCUAUUGAAAAUUACGUUUUAUUUUUAGUAGAAAAGCUUUCAGAAGGUCUUCUAGACUGUAUUCAAAUAGGCUAUAAGAAUUAUAACUUAACUAGUGCACAAGGCCAAGAUAUAUCUCGAAAUAUUGGUGUUAUUGUUGUGAUCGUGAUAUGUUAAACUUUGGUGUUCGAUUCUACAUAAUUUUCCUCACCCAACUGGUAUGUAACGGCCGGGGAAAGGCUUCAUACUAUGCUACGCAGACCUUGUAAAUUAUAAAGUACUAAAAUUUAUUGGCUCUCUGUUUCCAUACAUAUGUAGAAGCUGCAUGUUAUUUUGAGUGAUAAUGGUAUAAUAUUUUUGCAAAAAAGAACUUU